UGUGAACUCUUGAAGUUGCUAUAGCAAGAGUAAAACACGCCAUCGACGGCAAGUUGUGCAAUCUCAGUCAGUGCAUGGAGAUGAUCAGAAGUGUAGGAAAGUGUCCUUCAUCUAUGCCACGCAGUGAUCUGUUUCUUCUAGUUGAUGUGUAUUUGCGAAGCAGAGUUUGACCAUGUUCAACAACUUCAUACUAGACGUCAGGAGCCAAGUCGGAACAUCUUGUUGUGAGAACAGUUGCAUUACAGCACGUGUGUUAAUAACAUAACUCCAAACUGCAACCUUGAUCCCUGGAAAUAGUAUCGAACCAACGCGGUGAUACGGAGGGUACGUACGGAGUGAUAGACGGCACCCAGUCAGCUCCCAGUAGGUGCCCAGUAGGCCCUUAAAGUAGGCACCUAGUGGUACCCAGCACGCUAUAGUCAUCAUGGGUGGUGGAGGUUCAAGGAAAGCAGUUGAUAGAGAGAACCCACUUUUCGUACAAGGCGAGGAACAGUUACCUAGUACUGUACAACAAAGACAUGGGAGGAAGUUUGACUCUCUUGUUGUGCAGAGUAAACUAACAUCAUCACAAAGUUCUCUCCGGCCCGGAACUGCCGUUACUGUUGGAGUCGCUUGCGAUGAUUUUCAAACAGGGGCUUCCCCUUCCGAAAUUAUCAAUUUUGGAGAUUAUGUGUACCCCUUCGAGAACAUCGUCUUUGAAGGAGGAGGCAACAAGGGGCUUGCCUAUGCUGGAGCCGUCAGAGUAUUGGAGAAAGCUGGGGUGUGGCCACAGAUACGGAAACUGGGUGGGGCCAGUGCUGGUGCGAUGUGGGCUGUGCUUCUUGGUGUCGGCUACUCCUCGCAUGACGUAGAGAGCUUCCUUAGUCUCGACCUCAAGUCGUAUUUUUUAGAUGCUUCGUGCGGUUUGUGCACCAUGCUACCUAACUUGAUGAAGUACUACGGAUGGCAUCCAGCUCGUAAGUUAUAUUCCUGGUUUGGAGAUCGCCUGGAGCAAGCCACUGGCUUUAGAGACAUCACCUUCAAACAGGUAUACGACACGUAUCAAACUGAAAUCUGUAUUGUGGUGACCAACGUGAACUUGAUGGAUGCUGAAUACUGCCACGUCAAGACAACACCUAACAUGUCGGUCCGUAUGGCGGCACGUAUGUCAAUGGCUAUACCAGGUUUAUUUUGUGCUGUGCAGUACAGCCAAUAUGGACGUACAGACCUCUACGUGGAUGGCGGACUCCUAUGCAACUAUCCUAUACAUUGUUUUGACGGGUGGUGGCUUUCUAUGAAGCCUGAAGAUAGCCUGUUGAGGAGACUUCAACCAUUGGAGGAUGCCGCAAAGCUAAUGCAGAAGAAUGAACGCUUCUCGCCUAUCAACGAUAAAACUAUUGGCCUACUUCUUUAUUCCAGUGACGAGCAGGAUCUGAUGGUUGACAAACUCGCUACGGAUAACGCUUACACUCCUCUUGCCACUCGACCGGACACCAAGCUAUCCAGGGAAAGGAAGAACGCCAAAUCCAAGCAAAAAGAUGCUGCUACAGAGCACAAGGUUGUAACGGAUGCACUCGCCAAGUUUAUUGCUGUCUUAUCUCGGAAUCAGAUGGAUAAUAACACGGGUUCGAUCUCAAGGAAGGAGCUAGAAACAGUCUUCAAUAAGGAAGGGGAUGAAUUUACCGACAGGGAAGCCCGAAUUCUCUUUGGUAAAAACUUUACCAUUGAUGACGUUUUUGACUACUUGGACAUCAAUGGAGACGGCACGAUUUCCUUCCAGGAACUUAUGGGUUUAGCGGAGCAGAAGGGCGUCAGUCUCCAGACGUUCUUCUUAGGGUACCAGAGGCAGGAAGUGUCCGGCUUAACGGGAUUUCUGGAUACCUUAUCAAACACACUGCUUGUCAACGUAAAGAGGGUCUUUACAACGGAGAAUGAUCUGAAAAGAACCAUUGGUAUCGACACUUUAUACGUUGGUGCCACAGACUUCAAGCUCGAAGAAGAAGACCGGAAGUUUCUUGUUCAGCAAGGUGAGCUAAGUGCGUCGACUUUUUUGACCCACUGGAUAAAAGAGAAUCCAGACAAGUUGGUGCGCAAGCAACAUGUUCCUGUAUCCAAAUCAACAAUGCUGUCACCGAACGGACAAUCGUCUCAAAUUCUCGGCACUCCAUCAGCCGAAGGAAGUCAGUCCACUCUGGGGGUCAUUACAGUUACACCCGUCCCGGAGCCACAACGCAUCCCGAGGGGUUCGUCAGGGGAACGCUAAGGAGAAUGACCAAGUGAUUGGUCUGUGUUCAUCCCCGUACAAAAAGGGGCUCGUAAAUACGCGAUAGUUAUAUUUUUAACCAAAGAAACAUAUUUCUCCAAUGGUUUUUGGUAAAUGAGUGAGCGUUGGUUUGACAUAGCGCCCUCUUGUGUCUUCUUGUGUCUCGUGAAAUACCACAUAGAGAAAGUGUUAGGUGUGUGGCAGAUCAGAGGUGUACUUUAGCUGGAUGGAACAUGGUUAGAUUUAUCUAAAUUGCGAAUGGCCAUAAUUUAUAACCAAUGGAUUUCAGAGAAUUAAUUUAUACAUCAUUGAGUGAGCGGUGGUUUGAAACAGCGCCCCCUUGAUGCUUCUUGUGGCUCAUGAAACGUGGUAUUUAGGGACAGAAUCACAGAAGGCACGGGCUCGAUUUCACAAACGCUUAGAUUGAUCUUAAUUGUGAAUGUUCAUUUGACAAAGAAACUUCUGUUGGCAAUGGUUUUUGGUGAAUUUAUUCUCAGUGAGUGAGCAGUCAUUUGUAAUAGCGCCCUCUUUUGUCUUGUUGUAGCUUGUAAAACAUGACACCGAGAAGGCACACAAAUUUUACAAAGAUUUUACUAACAAUAUUUGAUUUUACAAAUAACUGAGAUUGAUCUUAGUUGCGAAUAACAAUUUAAGUACAAACCCCUGUGGACCACUCAAAACAUAUGUUGUGAUGAAUGGUUGGUGAAUAUAGCUAUGGACAAUCGAUUGGGGUUUGUGCGAUCGGUUGUUUAAAACAAAAUAACCGUCUCCCGUAUGCUCAAUUUUGCUUGCAUGUGUAGAGGUAGACAAUCAUCAAAAUAUAAUUAUACAAAAGAUUUGAUUAUUAUUUAUACAAAACACUGAUAUAAAACUGGAAUAAUCACUCCAUCCAUUCCAUUCAUUUCCAUUUAAAAUAAAAAACUAUUGUUUUCAACUUAAAACGUUGUACCUUAUUAGUAGAGAGGUUUGCACAAGCGUGCGUAUACAGAUACAGAAAUGGAUAAUUAUGAUAACCGUUUCCGUUCACGUCAGCCGCGUUUUGGAUUUUGUCUCGCAAAAUAAUAUAGAUGUGUCAUUUGAGUGCAUUUACUCAUCGUUUUGCUUGCAAAUGACUAAAAAAAAAUUAUCUAUCAAGCACGAUACCACUGAAAGCAAUUCCGUGGAAAUUGAUUUUGAUCUGUGACAAAAUUAAAGACAACUAAAAGUCUGCAAACAGUAUCCGUUUUUCUACGACGCGUAUGAGCUCCUGUAUUCGUUGCUAAGGUGUGUGCAAAAUAUGAUAGUUGCGGACACGCGUCACGUGAACACACAAA